CGCGCGGGCUAUGUGGAGCUGUGCGGAACGGGCGGCUGGCGCGCAGAGGAACGGGCGGCGGCGGCGAGCGGCCGGGCGGCCCCGCCAUGGGUUUCUUGCACCAGCUGCAGCUGCUGCUCUGGAAGAACGUGACGCUGAAGCGCCGGAGCCCGUGGGUUCUGGCCUUUGAACUCUUCAUCCCGCUGGUCCUCUUCUUCAUCUUGCUGGGCCUGAGGCAGAAGAAACCCACCAUCUCCGUGAAGGAAGCCUUCUACACGGCCUCACCGCUGACCUCGGCGGGCAUCCUGCCCGUGAUGCAGUCCCUGUGCCCAGAGGGCCAGCGGGAUGAGUUUGGCUUCCUGCAGUAUGCCAACUCCACGGUCACCCAGCUGCUGGAGCGCCUCAGCCGCGUGGUGGAGGACAGUAACCUGUUUGACCCGGCACGCCCCAGCCUGGGCUUGGAGCUCGAGGCUCUGCGCCAGCGCCUGGAAGCCCUGGGAGCCGUCCCAGAGCCCAGGGACGGAGCCCCACAGGGCCAUGCAGUGUCUGCCUUCUCUCUGGACUCGGUGGCCCGGGACCCGAGGGAGCUCUGGCGUUUCCUGACUCAAAACCUGUCCCUGCCCAACGGCACAGCCCAGGCUCUCCUGGGCGCGCGGGUGGACCUGUCUGAGGUGCAUCGCCUGCUGUUCGGCCCGUCGCCUGCCCUGGACGCAGAGCCCAGCCUCUCUAACCACCUGUUUCGGAUGGAGGAGCUGCUGUUGGCGCCGGCCCUCCUGGAGCGACUGACGUGCGCCCCCGGCUCCGGGGAGCUGGGCCGCAUCCUCACCGUGGGGCAGGGUCGCCAGGCUGCUCUGCGGAGCUACUGGGACGCCGUCUGCAGUGGCCAGGCCACAGCCCGUGCCCAGCGCUUUGCACAGCUGGCAGCAGAGCUCCGGAACCAGCUGGACAGGGCCAAAAUUGCCCAGCAGCUGGGCCUGGACACAGCCCUCAAGGGCGCAGCGCUUCCGCAGCAACCCCCGCCCCCGCGGCAGAUGCAGGCAUUGCUGGAGGACCUGCUGGACGCCCGAAAGCUCCUGCAGGGUGUGGACGUUCUCUCGGCCCUGGCCCUGCUGUUGCCUCAGGGUGCCUGUGCUGGCCCAGCCGUCGGCCCCGGGGGCGCGGGCAAUAGCACGGGGUCAGGCCUUGGUCCUGGUGCCAACGGCUCCACAGAGGACGCAGCAGCCUCCUCCGCUGGCCCCGCCUCGGCGGACACGCUGCAGGGUCAGUGCGCGGCCUUCGUGCAGCUCUGGGCGGGCCUGCAGCCCAUCCUGUGCGGCAACAACCGAACCAUCGAGCCCGAGGCCCUGCGGAGGGGCAACAUGAGCUCACUGGGCUUCACGAGCAAGGAGCAGAGGAACCUGGGCCUCCUGGUGCACCUCAUGACCAGCAACCCCAAGAUCCUGUACGCGCCCGCGGGCUCCGAGGCUGACCGGGUCAUCCUCAAGGCCAACGAGACCUUCGCCUUCGUCGGCAACGUGACGCACUACGCCCAGCUCUGGCUCAACAUCUCCGCUGAGAUCCGCAGCUUCUUGGAGCAGGGCCGGCUGCAGCAGCACCUGCACUGGCUGCAACAGUCCGUGGCAGAGCUGCGGCUGCACCCGGAGGUGCUGAACCUGUCUGCCGAGGCGCUGCCGCCCGCCCUGCGCCAGGACGACUUCUCCUUGCCCAACGGCUCUGCCCUCCUGCAGCAGCUGGACACUAUUGACAAUGCAGCCUGUGGCUGGAUCCAGUUCAUGUCCAAGGUGAGCGUGGACAUCUUCAAGGGCUUUCCCGACGAGGAGAGCAUCGUCAACUACACGCUGAACCAGGCCUACCAGGACAAUGUCACAGUGUUUGCCAGUGUGAUCUUCCAGACACGCAAGGAUGGCUCCCUGCCGCCCCACGUCCACUACAAGAUCCGCCAGAACUCCAGCUUCACGGAGAAAACCAAUGAGAUCCGCCGGGCCUACUGGCGCCCAGGGCCCAACACUGGGGGCCGCUUCUACUUCCUGUAUGGCUUCGUGUGGAUCCAGGACAUGAUGGAGCGAGCCAUCAUCAACACCUUCGUGGGCCACGACGUCGUGGAGCCCGGCAACUAUGUGCAGAUGUUCCCCUAUCCCUGCUACACGCGGGACGACUUCCUGUUUGUCAUCGAGCACAUGAUGCCACUCUGCAUGGUCAUCUCCUGGGUCUACUCGGUGGCCAUGACGAUCCAGCAUAUCGUGGCCGAGAAAGAGCAUCGCCUGAAGGAGGUGAUGAAGACCAUGGGCCUGAACAAUGCCGUGCACUGGGUGGCCUGGUUCAUCACGGGCUUUGUGCAGCUGUCCAUCUCAGUGACCGCACUCACGGCCAUCCUCAAGUACGGCCAGGUGCUUAUGCACAGCCAUGUGCUGAUCAUCUGGCUCUUCCUGGCCGUCUACGCUGUGGCCACCAUCAUGUUCUGCUUCCUGGUGUCUGUGCUGUACUCCAAGGCCAAGCUGGCCUCGGCCUGCGGCGGCAUCAUCUACUUCCUGAGCUACGUGCCCUACAUGUACGUGGCCAUCCGGGAAGAGGUGGCCCAUGACAGGAUCACUGCCUUCGAGAAAUGCAUUGCGUCCCUGAUGUCCACCACUGCCUUCGGCCUGGGCUCCAAGUACUUUGCCCUGUAUGAGGUGGCGGGCGUGGGCAUUCAGUGGCACACCUUCAGCCAGUCCCCGGUGGAGGGGGACGACUUCAACCUGCUGCUGGCAGUGACCAUGCUGAUGGUAGACGCCGUCGUCUACGGGGUGCUCACGUGGUACAUUGAAGCCGUGCACCCAGGCAUGUACGGGCUGCCCCGGCCCUGGUACUUCCCGCUGCAGAAGUCCUACUGGCUGGGCAGUGGGCGGACGGAAGCCUGGGAGUGGAGCUGGCCGUGGGCUCGUGCCCCCCGCCUCAGCGUCAUGGAGGAGGACCAGGCGUGUGCCAUGGAGAGCCGGCGCCUGGAGGAGAUGCGUGGCAUGGAGGAGGAGCCCACCCACCUGCCCCUGGUGGUCUGCGUGGACAAGCUCACCAAGAUCUAUAAGACGGACAAGAAGCUGGCCUUGAACAAGCUGAGCCUGAACCUCUAUGAGAACCAGGUGGUCUCCUUCCUGGGCCACAAUGGGGCGGGCAAGACCACCACCAUGUCCAUCCUGACCGGCCUGUUCCCGCCCACGUCUGGCUCGGCCACCAUCUACGGGCAUGACAUCCGCACGGAGAUGGACGAGAUCCGCAAGAACCUGGGCAUGUGUCCACAGCACAACGUGCUCUUCGACCGGCUCACCGUGGAGGAGCACCUGUGGUUCUACUCCAGGCUGAAGAGCAUGGCCCAGGCGGAGAUCCGCAAGGAGAUGGACAAGAUGAUCGAGGACCUGGAGCUCUCCAACAAGCGGCACUCACUGGUGCAGACACUGUCGGGAGGCAUGAAGCGCAAGCUUUCUGUGGCCAUCGCCUUUGUGGGUGGGUCCCGCGCCAUCAUCCUGGACGAGCCCACCGCCGGGGUGGACCCCUACGCUCGCAGGGCCAUCUGGGACCUCAUCCUGAAAUACAAGCCUGGCCGCACCAUCCUCCUGUCCACCCACCACAUGGACGAGGCUGACCUGCUCGGGGACCGCAUCGCCAUCAUCUCCCAUGGGAAGCUCAAAUGCUGCGGCUCCCCGCUCUUCCUCAAGGGCGCCUAUGGCGAUGGCUACCGCCUCACACUGGUCAAGCAGCCAGCCCAGCCCGGGGACCCACCAGAGCCAGGCCCGACGUCCAGCCCUUCGGGCCGCGCCCAGCUGAGCUGCUGCUCUGAACCCCAAGUCUCCCAGUUCAUCCGCAAGCACGUGGCCUCCUGCCUGCUGGUCUCUGACACCAGCACUGAGCUCUCCUACAUCCUGCCCAGCGAGGCCGCCAAGAAGGGCGCCUUUGAGCGCCUCUUCCAGCACCUGGAGUGCAGUUUGGAUGCGUUGCACCUGAGCAGCUUUGGGCUCAUGGACACCACGCUGGAAGAGGUGUUCCUCAAGGUGUCCGAGGAAGACCAGUCCCUGGAGAACAGUGAGGCAGAUGUGAAGGAGUCCAGGAAGGAGGUGUUCUCGGCGACCGAAGCGGCUCCUACAGGGAGCCUGGCGCAGAGCUCGGAGCUGGCCCAGUCCCAGGCGUCCCUGCAGUCCACGUCCUCGGUGGGCUCAGGCUCUGCCGACGUCUCUGGCAACUACCGCCCACUCCUGAACAACCUGCAGGACCCUGACAACGUCAGCCUGCAAGAGGCCGAGGCCGAGGCUCUGAGACGAGAGGGCCGGGGCAGCCGCAAGAUGGAGGGCUGGGCGCUGAGGCUGCGCCAGUUCCACGGGCUCCUGGUGAAGCGCUUCCACUGUGCCCGCCGCAACUCCAAGGCGCUGUCCUCCCAGAUCCUGUUGCCCGCCUUCUUCGUCUGCGUGGCCAUGACCGUGGCCCUCUCUGUCCCCGAGAUCGGUGACUUGCCCCCACUGGUCCUGUCGCCCUCCCAGUACCACAACUACACGCAGCCACGUGGCAACUUCAUCCCCUACGCCAACGAGGAGCGCCGGGAGUACCGGUUGCGGCUGUCGCCCGACGCCAGCCCCCAGCAGCUCGUGAGCACCUUCCGGCUGCCGUCUGGCGUGGGGGCCACCUGUGUGCUGAAGUCUCCGGCCAACGGCUCGCUGGGCCCCGUCGUGAACCUGAGCAGCGGUGAGUCCCGGCUGCUGGCUGCGCGCUUCUUCGACAGCAUGUGCCUGGAGUCCUUCACUCAGGGCUUGCCGCUGUCCAACUUCGUGCCGCCCCCGCCCUCCCCGGCCCCCUCUGACGCCCCCCUCUCCGCCGACGAGGACCCCUUGCAGACCUGGAACUCCUCCCUGCCACCCACCUCAGGGCCAGAGAACUGGACCUCGGCGCCCUCGCUGCCCCGCCUGGUGCGGGAGCCCGUGCGCUGCGUCUGCUCCCCCCAGGGAACGGGCUUCUCCUGCCCGGGGGGUGUGGGCGGGCACCCCCCGCAGGUGCGCGUGGUCACAGGAGACAUCCUCACGGAUAUCACCGGGCACAAUGUCUCCGAGUACCUGCUCUUCACCUCCGACCGCUUCCGCCUGCACCGGUACGGGGCCAUCACCUUCGGCAAUGUGCAGAAGUCCAUCCCCGCGUCAUUUGGCGCGCGAGCGCCGGCCAUGGUGCGGAAAAUAGCUGUGCGCAGAGUGGCACAGGUGUUCUACAACAACAAGGGCUACCACAGCAUGCCCACCUACCUCAACAGCCUUAACAACGCCAUUCUGCGCGCCAACCUGCCCAAAAGCAGAGGCAACCCUGCAGCCUAUGGCAUCACUGUCACCAACCACCCCAUGAACAAGACCAGUGCCAGCCUCUCCCUGGAUUACCUGUUGCAGGGCACCGACGUGGUCAUCGCCAUCUUCAUCAUCGUGGCCAUGUCCUUUGUGCCGGCCAGCUUCGUGGUCUUCCUGGUGGCCGAGCAGUCCACCAAGGCCAAGCACCUGCAGUUCGUCAGCGGCUGCGACCCCGUCAUCUACUGGCUGGCCAACUACGUGUGGGACAUGCUCAACUACCUGGUCCCGGCCACCUGCUGCGUCAUCAUCCUGUUCGUGUUCGACCUGCCGGCCUACACGUCACCCACCAACUUCCCGGCAGUGCUCUCGCUCUUCCUGCUCUAUGGGUGGUCCAUCACCCCCAUCAUGUACCCGGCCUCCUUCUGGUUCGAGGUUCCCAGCUCAGCCUACGUGUUCCUCAUCGUCAUCAACCUCUUCAUCGGCAUCACAGCCACCGUGGCCACGUUCCUGCUACAGCUCUUUGAGCACGACAAGGACUUGAAGGUGGUCAACAGUUACCUGAAGAGCUGCUUCCUCAUCUUCCCCAACUACAACCUGGGCCACGGGCUCAUGGAGAUGGCCUACAAUGAGUACAUCAAUGAGUACUAUGCCAAGAUCGGCCAGUUUGACAAGAUGAAGUCCCCGUUCGAGUGGGAUAUUGUCACGCGGGGGCUGGUGGCCAUGACAGUUGAGGGCUUCGUGGGCUUCUUCCUCACCAUCAUGUGCCAGUACAACUUUCUCCGGCAGCCGCAGCGCAUGCCAGUGUCCACCAAGCCCGUGGAGGACGAUGUGGACGUGGCCAGCGAGCGGCGGCGAGUGCUGCGUGGGGACGCGGACAAUGACAUGGUCAAGAUCGAAAACUUGACCAAGGUGUACAAGUCGCGGAAGCUUGGCCGCAUCCUGGCUGUGGACCGGCUGUGUCUGGGAGUGCGUCCCGGGGAGUGCUUCGGGCUCCUGGGCGUCAACGGCGCAGGCAAGACCAGCACCUUCAAGAUGCUGACGGGCGACGAGAGCACAACGGGGGGCGAGGCCUUCGUCAAUGGGCACAGUGUGCUCCGGGAGCUGCUGCAGGUCCAGCAGAGCCUUGGCUACUGCCCGCAGUUCGACGCCCUGUUCGAUGAGCUCACAGCCCGGGAGCACCUGCAGCUCUACACAAGGCUCCGGGGCAUCCCCUGGAAGGACGAGAAGCAGGUGGUGAAGUGGGCCCUGGAGAAGCUGGAGCUGACCAAGCACGCUGACAGGCCUGCGGGCACCUACAGUGGAGGCAACAAGCGGAAGCUGUCGGCUGCCAUAGCCCUCAUUGGCUACCCCUCCUUCAUCUUUCUGGACGAGCCCACUACAGGCAUGGACCCCAAAGCGCGGCGCUUCCUCUGGAACCUCAUUCUGGACCUCAUCAAAACAGGGCGCUCGGUGGUGCUGACAUCACACAGCAUGGAGGAGUGUGAGGCGCUGUGCACGCGCCUGGCCAUCAUGGUCAACGGGCGCCUGCGCUGUCUGGGUAGCAUCCAGCACUUGAAGAACCGGUUUGGGGAUGGCUACAUGAUCACCGUGAGGACCAAGAGCAGCCAGAACGUGAAGGACGUGGUGCGCUUCUUCAAUCGCAACUUCCCGGAGGCCGUGCUCAAGGAGCGGCACCACACGAAGGUGCAGUACCAGCUCAAGUCGGAGCGCAUCUCGCUGGCACAGGUGUUCAGCAAGAUGGAGCAGGUGGUGGGCGUGCUGGGCAUCGAGGACUACUCGGUCAGCCAGACCACCCUGGACAACGUGUUUGUCAACUUCGCCAAGAAGCAAAGUGACAACCUGGAGCAGCAGGAGACAGAGCCGUCCUCGGGCCUGCAGUCCCCGCUGGGCCGGCUGCUGAGCCUGUUCCGGCCGCGGCCUGCGCCCACGGAACUGCGUGCCCUGGUGACCGAUGAGCCGGAGGAUCUGGACACAGAAGACGAAGGUCUCAUCAGCUUCGAGGAGGAGCGGGCCCAGCUCUCCUUCAACACGGACACGCUCUGCUGACUACUCGGGGUGGGCUCAAGGACACAGCGUGGGGACAAGAGUCCAGCAGGACGAGACAUACCACGCUCAUCUGCCAGGCCCUGGAAAGGGAGGUCCAGGACCACAGGCGUCCCCCGCAGCCUCGCCCCUUGCUGUGGCCACAGCAGCCACCUUCUCCCAUUCGUGCCAAAGGCCAGCCCAGCUUGGGCUGUGCACUCCCUCACCCGGCUUUGCCUUAAAGCCUGGGGUCUGUCCUGGCCCCUCACUCUCCCUCUCUGGCUCCGCCCAGUGUCCCAAGGCCAUCUGGGGUGACGUGUUCAUGGUCCCCCUCUGUGGGUCCCUUCCUGGCCAGACCCUGGACGGGCUUUCCUCUUAAUGGAAUCAGGGCAUAGCAGCGUUGGGGAUG